AUGCGAGGUUUCUUCUUAUCCCCGCGUCCGCCAACCCUAAUCCUUGCAAACACUGACGACAAGAGCACAAGAAAGAGCAUCCAAGUGGAAGAAGAAUCAGUGUCCGCGGCUGCUCAGCAGAGCGAGACAGUGCCCAACCCAUCGACCGCCAGCGCUAGUCCUCGCACUUGCAUUGGCACGAGCACUUGCAGCAGCAAGAGCAACAACACCAGCAACAAUCCUAUCGUGAGCCCCACCAAGAAAAGAGCAUCUGCCAUCGCCUGGAUCGUUUCAGACGGUCCACCACCUGCAGCCUCACAGACGAAUCUCGUCUUUCUUUCUCCACUACUUCUUCCUCCCCUCCUCUCAUCCCUCUUCCACCCAUCACCGCCACUCCUCUCGCCCAUCCCAAAUUCUCCCUCCUCGCUUGGUGCAUGCGAGUCUCACGGAGAGGGGAAGAGGGCUCUGCAAUCCCUCUAUGACGAUCCCCGCGACUUGGAUUCUCUGUCGGACGAGGAGGAUUCCGUAGUGCACUUGGGAAGUGAUGACUACGAGGACUAUGAUGAGUGGGCGCAAGUGUCAUACCCAGAUGAAGUGAAACCGUCUGAUUCAGCGUCUCGACCAAGGACUUCGCACCGUAACCGCUCGCACCAUAGUUCGCGCUCCGCUUCGGGCCGCCCCAAUCCAGCGCGUCGGCGGAUGGUGCCUGAACGGGAGUCUCGCGAGUCCUAUGGGACUCGCCCACGCCGUCGUCCCUCGCCUGAAUCGCCCGAUUCCGCCGACAGUGCGGAUUCGGAGGACUACCCAGGGCACUACACCCGUGCCCCAGCAGAUCGCAGAUUCCCACAGGCCCCGCCGCCGCCGCCCGGGUACGCCCACAGCAACUCGUCCGGUCCGUCCUACGGCGCAUAUCCUCCUGUCUCGGGGCACGCCUCUCCCCUCCCGCAUCCCAAUGGCCAUCUUCCUUCCGAUACCCUAGUUCGAUUCGGCCAUAGCAACCCGGGCGCUGCGCCGUAUGGCGCCGGACCAUAUCCGUACAACGGGCAAUAUCUACCCUCUCACCCGGCGGGCAUGCACCCCUUUUAUGGCCAUGAUCAAGUUCAGUCUCGUCACCGACCCCCUCCCCAUCCACGCAUGGACCCGCACGGUCUGGGGCAACCGCCGAUGCCUCCUCAUCUCGCGGGCCACAUGCCCCCUUCGCCUUACCCCGGAUCGUCAUUUCACCAAGAGAUGAUGCACUAUGCGCAGAACCCAUAUCUCAAUUACCGCGACCCAUACUCGAUGAUGCCGGGCAUGGCACCACCAUCCUACUUCCCGUACCCACCAGUGCCUCCCCCGUCUCAGCCGCCUGAGCCGGCUGCCGCUCCGGCUGCCGCACCGGCCCCUGCUCCUACUCCUGCGCCUGCGCCCGCCAGCCCGCCUCCCGCACCAGCGCCGGCACCGGCUGAUGCUGCGAAGGACGAGGCCAUCGCGCGACUGGAAAAGUUGAUCAUGGACGAGCGUGCCGAGCGCGAAGCCAAGGAAGCCGCGCGUCUGGCGCAAAUUGAGCGCGAGGCGGCGGAGAAGCUGGCUCGGGAACAACAACUCGCCCACGACCGGAAAAUUGCCGAGGAGGCGGCCUUUUUGGCACGAACAGACGCCGAGAAAAGAGCCGCAGAAGCGGCGGCAGUUGCCAAGGAAGAGGCUGAGAAAGCGGCCGCUGCCGCCGCAUCGGAGGCUGCAAAGAUCGCGGCCACAGAGGCUGCUGCUGCCGCUACAGCGGCUGCCGCCGAGGCCGCAAAGAAAGCCGAAGAAGAAGCCAAAAAGGCCGAGGAGGCGAGAAAGGCCGAGGAGGAGGCAAAGAAGGCCGAGGAGGCCAAAAAGGCUGAGGAGGCGAAGAAAGCCGAAGAGGCGGCGGCUGCUGCUGCCGCUGCUGCUGCCGCGCCGCCGCCGCUCCUCCUCCUCCGCCUCCGGAGAAAAAGAAGCCCAUCAAAUUCAAAGAUGCUAUUGGGUAUGGAAGAUCUGAUUAAGCAGGCUUUCGCGCACAUUGAAGUCAUUGGGCCACACGUCGCAGACGGACAUUAUGAUCUGAAAGGACCCAAUGGCGAUAUCAUCCUCCCACAAAUCUGGGAGACUGUGAUUGAGCCUGACUGGAAUAUUACCAUGCACAUGUGGCCGAUUCCCGAGAAACCGAAAGAGCCGGAUCCUCCACCUGCCGCGGAGGCGCCGCCACCUGCCCCGGCGAAAGAAGAACCACCAGCCCCUCCUCCACCUGCGGAGCCCGCGAAGAAACCUGAAGCCCCUAAAAAGCCCCUUCGCAAACCGGGGCCAAAUUCGUUUGCUUCCUGGGUGCUGGGCGGCCGUGUUCCCCCCAAAACGGCCAAGGGGCCCAAAGCCGAGAAGAAGCCGGAAGCCCCUCCCCCUUGA